CAUGGCUCUCACAAUGCACAAAGGCCUACUUUCGACUCGCCUCUAUCGCGGCGAAUAUUUUAUUCCAAUACACGUGACGUCUAGCUCCCUGAAACCCUUUUACCAAACUCUUGUUCAAAUUGAUAAACUUGUGCGCUCGUUACAAUCGUCGGCUAUCGAACUUCUCGACAUUCAAUCCGGAUCUAGCCGACUUGCUUCCUGCUUCCUCAUGCUACACUGUCUGUCGGAGAACGGCAUCCAUCAUCUGACAUGCUUCUGGGCCAUAUUUUGUCAGCCAUUCACCCCGGUCAGCUUAACUGAACGCCGAGGCUUCCUGGAAGACGGAUGCCUGGGAGUUUUGUCCUUGCUCGUGGUUCUAGCGAGUUCGUUCUUGCUAGUAGCGGCGGAAUCCCCACUUCAGCUGUUCCCUAAAAUAGCUGAUGAUAUACCCUCAAUCGACUCGUUCUCGCAAGGAUUUACAGACAUCACUGCACAAUACUUCAGAACUACAUGGACGAGGGAUUUGAACGCUACCGAAACCAUCGUACCCUUCGACGACGGGGGAGGCGAUGUAUUAUCCGAUGAAGGUUCCGAAAAGUCUACGGGGCUAUUAGAGAGACAGACGAGAUGUGUGAACCCUGGUUAUGUGCCUGUAAGCCAGGCUAUUGCUCCCGUCCCGAUCAUUAUUGUUGUUCUACGGGUCUAUAUUCUUGUCCCUACGGAACUACAUGCUGUGGUAAUGGGUAUGGGUACACUUGUUGUUCUAGCAACCGAGGUUCAUGUCCCGGGAAUUCCUGCUGUGGGAGUGGUUGCUGCUCGGACGGGAGUCGUGCAUGCCCUUCGGGAGGAGCUUGUUGUGGAAGCUCGAGGUGUGCACCUUCAGGUGGAUCGUGUUGCGGUUCUGGGGCAUGCAGCCGUGGAGAAACUUGUUGUAACGGGCAAGGCUGCGCAUAUGAGGGGUACACGUGCUGUGGAACCAAACAAUGCAAGCCAGGAUACAAGUGCUGUGAUGGGAGAAGUUGUGCACCUUCUAAUGGAGUGUGCUGUGGCAACGGUGCUUGUAGUGCCGGGAAGGCGUGCUGUAAUGG